GUCUGGACCCAAGGAGACAGGGUUCGAAGGAGAUUUCCUUUGCCCCAGGCUGGCCGAGGCUGCGAUGGAAUUACCUCCCGAGGAGUGGGCAAAGCAUGCCAAAAUCACAACUCAACGCUUCGACGUUGCGGUUAUUCCGGAGGAUCGCAAAAGCUUCGGGAAGCGGGCGUUAGUAAAUAUGUGGAGAGGUGGGCUACCUCUUGCAUUAACCCCGGAACACAGGACGAGACUCGAGCAGGAAGAGCAUUGCGCCAAGAUUGAGGGAUUUUGUCGUACGACGCUGGACGCGUGCCAGUUGACGGGAGAAUCUUUAGCGAAUGCAAUUUUUGCUGAGGCCAGAGGCCAUAUGGAUCUUGCUUACAAUAGCCCGACGAGGGCAGACAUUCGCCGAAUCGCGCGAACAACUCUCGAAUGGUUGCUGACAAACAUGGGGGAAAAUGCCGUCGGGGCUUUUCUCGACCAGGUAGAGGCCCUGCUUUCGGGCGAACGGCUGGCCGAGUAUUGGCGCGAAAAGGUCGCGAACGACAUGCCCGAUGAAAUUACUGACGCGGACGAGCUUCGCGACUAUUUGGAGGAGUUUGUUGACUUGGCGAAAUCCGAUGCGCAGGGUGCUUUUUCAACAGUCGCGCUAUUUUAUGGGCAGGCAGGUGCGUUAGGUUUUCCACGUGAUUACGGUGCCUUCCAAGAAGAUGUGGCUGAGGUCUGGGACUACCUCGAAGAAGAUAGUGCAGGUGCAUUGGAGUCCUUUGGAGUCGCUCGGGUGCUUCGAGAAAAGCUCCUCAACGAAGCCGCAGGGGAGCAAGGCCUGACGUGGGAAUUCUGCGCAGAAUAUCUGCGAGAGAUGGAUGAGGUGCGUGAGGACGAGGACUCUGAGGAAGAAGUUGAAGCCAACGAGCUUGGUAUUAUGGAAGCUGGGGAGCAAUAGGAGCAGUGCCGCGGGUGAAGAAAGCAAAGCGACGGCGAUGCCGAAG